AUGCGACAGGUCCCAGAACCUUCACCUCGUAGCACCGAACGCGUGCCAUCCCCACCAGCACCACCAGCACCCGUCUCCGUCGAAGACAGCACUCCCCGACCAAAGGCAGAAGAAGAGAAAGAGGAUGAGAAGGAAAAGUCCGCAGAUUCGAAGAAGGUUCCGGGGACUCGUCCGGGCGCGUGCAUGGUGUGCCUCGAGGACUGCGACAACGUGCUUGACUCUGCCUGGUUGCACCGCCUCGCCGCUUCGUCGUCCGCUUCCGAUGUUGGAGGGACCGACUGUACGGUUACUGCUUGUGUCAGCUGCCUAAAGACGUACUUCACGGGCAUCGUCGAGGCAGGCUUCGAUGGGGCCUGUCCGCGAAUGCGUUGCAUGUGCUGCCCUCGGGUGGUUUGCGAGUGGGUGUGGGCCCCGCUGGUCGAAGCCACCGUUCUUGAGACCUUCCAGAAGCGCGCGGCCACCCUACUGUCUAUCCAGUGCGGGAUGUGCCACAGCCGCGGCACCAUAAUGGUCAAGCCACCAGCCGACCAUUGCUACAGCUCGGCGCUGGACAAGUUGAUGGCGAUGAUCGCUUCCGGUCUCGCCCCCGCCACACCCCCGUCCGCCACCACCGCCACCGCCAUCACCACCCAGGGUAGCCCUGCCAACAUCAAAAGCAGCACCAACGGCGGCGACAACAGUGUGGCUUCCUCCACAUGUAACGCACAACGCUUGGAGAUUUUCCGCGCUUCUCUAGAGCGCUACAUCUCCGGGCACGAGAUAGACCCAUCCCUAUGCUAUAUCGCGCUGGAAGCGGCGAUCGCGAACCCUGGGAUCGGGCAGGCAGCACAGGAAUCCCGCGAUGAGCUAAUGGUGCUGCUCAUGAGCUGUGUCGAGGAUAGCGAGCGACGGGCAAACCUGCAUAUCCGCUUCAUCCGGUCCAACCCAAUGGUCGUGACGCAGUGCUGCAAGUCGCUGCACUGCUACCCGUGCCGUGUGGUCGGCGGACACCACCCUCAGACAUGCGAGCAGUACGAGGCCGGGCGAGGCCACCAGGACGUCUGCAAGUGUCCGGGGUGUGGCGUUUACGUGGUAAAAGGCGAUGGCUGUGACAGUAUCAGCUGCAUCUGCGGCCACGACUUCAGCUGGAGCGAGCUGGUUGCAGCACGCCACAGGCGGAUCGCGGACGCCUUUCGAGACGCCCAUCCCGAAGACACCGGUCGGGCGGCGGCACAGAUCAUCCGACGUGGCCCUCCCACGGCUGCUGACCUCGGCGCUGGUCCCCAGGAGGACAUCAACGAACACGUUGGUGCACGCGGGGACAUCGAAGAGCAGCAACAGCAGGGCCACGAAUACCCGCUCGACGCACCUGCAGCGACUGCUGCCGGUACGGAGGGCGGUGAGAGCGAACAAGGGGAAGAUGGAGAGGAAGGACAACCUGCUACCAGCGGGGCAUGGGGAGAACCGGUUGAACAUUGGGAGCCUGUUGAGGACGGCGCGUGGGGACAACGAUGGGUGCCGGGGGUUGAGCAAGGACCGGGAGCGGCUGAUGCGUGGCAACCAAACCAGAGACCGGCCCAGGAACUGGAACGAGCACCGCUUCAUGGGACGGGUCAGGCAACCAUUGAGGAGGAGCGGGAUGAGCCGGUCCCGGUCCCGGAAGAAAACGGGCGUCUUUCAGCGGAGGAUGAGUUCCGACUGGCAAACGCCUACGCGGAGGCAUACCCUCGAGAGCUUGCCCGGGGGCGUGCGGUCAUUUACGGGGAAGAGAACCCACACUUUACAGUGCAGCGGGCUUGUGCUCAGUCCAGCCAGUUACCGCCUUUGUUGGCGUUGAGCUACUUCCAUCAACCGUGCCCUGCUAGCACGAGCGAAACCGAAGCAGCGUGGUUAAUGCGUGCCGCCGAGGACUGGCGCACGACCAACCAGGGCGAAGUGAACGCUGUUAGACGAAGGGACGAGGCCGCACGUUCCUCGCUCGUGGAGGCCUUCUACAGCGGUGACGACCUCCUUCGGCACAUCGCGGCGGAGUACGCCCGAUCCGCCCUCCGCGUCGCUCCUCCCUUCACAAGCGUCGCCGCCACCGACCGCCCGCGCGCGUUCUGGAGUCGCCUCGAGCAGUAUCUGCAGCAGCAGGCCAAUGGCGAACAGAACGGCGAGCCCCUGUUCAAGUGGCUGGGCAUCGUCGAGCCCCCUCCCCCGACCGGCGACCAGUCAACGUGGGAGGAGGGUGACGAUGGCGCCGUGGCUGACGAAGAUGCGUGGGAGGUGCCCUUCGCGGAUGCCGAGAUCGAGGUGGAGACGUUCGAAGUCCUUCCUCCCCCGCGAAGGCUGUUUACACCGUGGCCGUCCGCGCGCACGGGAAGGGUAGACCUUAGGCCCACUCCUCCAAGUUCGCGGGGACGCAGGCAUGCACUGGACCCGGCCAGCAGACUAGUGUUGGCAACGUCGACGUUCGGGACUCUUAACCUUCGAGCAGAGGUUGAACUUUGGGUGGCCGGAACGAACAUUCGCCAGGAGGGUCUGCGGCGCCUGAUGGCCGUCCAGGAACGCGAGCUAUCCAAGGCUUGGGUUGCCCUAUGGAGUCACCGUCGUCGUCUCGACCCCGUCUCGAAGACUUGGGUCGACGCCGAUGAUCCCGGUGACGCCGCUGUACGUGCGGCAGCCCGACGUGUGGUUUUCCUCGAGGCCCACCCGGAACAGGCUUGCCAGGAGCAAGGGGCGAUGAUGAAGGCCUUCGUCCGCCGCAAUGGAGCAGAAGUUUUGAAAGCCGUAGAGGAAGCCGAUGCCGAGCUAGCCGCUGCGUGGGAGCGUAUGCACGACAACCACGACGACGUCGACGCUUCUCACUCCUCAACUACACCUCCAGCCUCGACUUCCCCUUCAACGUUUGACCGCGCGUACGCCGCCUACCGCAAGCACAUUGACACCCGGGCCUCAGCUGCCCUGGUGGCGAACUCACUCCCCCCGACGUCCGUGGCAUCGGCAACCCUGCAACUCCGGAGGAUCGGUCGGAUGGCCGACGCCUGGGAGUCUGCUAACCACCGACGGGUAUGCGCCCAGAGGUUCGCCGACCACUUCAGCGGCGCUGCUGGCGCAGAGAAGGCAGCGCAAGAACGGGAGGCUCUGCCGAAGCGACUGCGGGAGAGCCGCGCGGCGGCUAACGAAGACGCCGCAGCAUUCGGUGCCGUCGUGGCCCUUGUCGUGGCGCCAAUGUUGAUUGGCCGCGCGUCCCAGAUGUGCGAGUGCGACAUGGGGGCUAUCCUGAGCAACGCGGUGGACUGGGUGGCCUUCAACGGGGAAGCGUUCGAAGAGGAAUUGCAGAGGAUGGAGGCCAGGCUCAGACUGUCGCCAGGGACGAUGGCAGGGAAAAACGUAAAGGACGAGGGGUGCUCGGGAGGGGGUAUGGGGAGAAUACUGGAUGGAUGCGAGUGCAACCUCGAAUCUUCAGUUUCGUCUUGCAGCCGGCUGGUGGCGUGCCCCAUCGUUACGCGUCGGAUAUUGAGGGUGCCCGAGCCCGUUUGCCCGGAGUGCGAGGAUGGCAGCGGCGUGUUUGGCACAGAUUUGUUCGACCUGUUCGCUUAAACUUCCCUCGUAAUAGAUACUGUAGAGAGCGAAAG